CACUUUGCGCACAGAAUCAUUUUCAAAACUUCACUACACCACUCGAAAAUGUUUGUUCGUACCACUAUCCCACCCAUGUCGGACUGCCAGCCGGCCAACAACUACAAAUGGGCGGCACAACACCGAGAACAAAGCAUGUCAGCUUCGCCCGUUCGCAUACACUCACCUCCUUCGACGAUGUCAAUUUGGGCUUACGUUCCUCUGGUCGCAUGAAGACCGCACGCAGCCAAGAGCGUCUAAUUGGCGGCAAGAAACCGAUCAUUGCCACUGGCUCUUUGUACGAGUCUAUACAACUGCCAACUCGUAUAGGCCAACCAACUGCACUGCAUCCACAACAACAAAUGCAACAACAGCAACUGCAACAACAGCAAAUGCAACAACAGCAAAUGCAACAACAGCAACAGCAGCAGCAGCAGCAGCAACAAUCUCAUCCGCCGUCUAAUUAUAUUACGACUUUACCGCCCACGAUCGCCAUGCAUCCACAUCAACAGGCUGUCAUACAUCAGCAUGCGCCACACAUCCAUCCACCGCAUGGGCAUGGCCAUUCACAUCAACAUCAUCAUGGACCGCCUAUUCAUAUACAUCAAUUUGUGCCGGCAGCUUUUGCCGGCUCAGACUUGGGAGCUCAGGUGCAAACUGAACAACCGAUUUCUUUGUUAUCCGGCAGGCCACUAUCGCACAUGGAUGACAUACCACUUGGUGUCGGUGGUGCUGGAGCGACGCAUGGUGGCGUCAUGCCCGCUGGCUUAGGGGUGUUGACAUGUGCCACGCAGGUACUUGCACCGCCUAGUCCCGAAGUGUUGGUUGUGGAGAAGAAGUUUCGCAAUGCUAUGAAAACACAGGCCACGCAAACGGAGCUCCGGAAAGAUGGAUUUACGCAGGUCUUGGCGCUAAGUCCAAGAACGAUGCAUAAAGUUAAGGUGGUAUCACAAGGCGCACAAACGAAUGGACUGCUGAAUGGAAAGAAGCUCACAAAGAGUCUGUCAGAAAUGCCGAACGGAAAAGUUGUACCGGGCGCAGAUAUCGGACAAAUCAGAAGUUUUGUCGACCAUAGCGCCGUGUAUCGCACCCAAUCAGAGGAGCCGCCCAAGUCGCCACUUGAUCUUGACGAUCCGAACAAUAUAAACUACUAUGAACCGCCACCUCCACUCGACACAAUUUCCUACUACAGCCGUCGCUCAUCUCAACUACCCUCCGAAGAGAGUACACCCUUCUUUCCCAAGGACGCAAUUGCCUUCGAUUAUGAGAGCAAUAGUUUGCCACGGCGCGCUUGUACAUUCCAUCGUGAAAGCAGUUUUAGCUCAAACAGUCUGCCCCGCCGUGAGCCACAACAUGCGCACGAGAUUUGCAAGCAUAUUACCGAGUGCACGGAGUUAAUGGGUGACAUUAAUGGUGGUGUUGGUGGUGGGUUGCUAGAUUUCUCUAAACCUCACCUGCUACCACCACCCAGCGAAUACUGUAGAGAAGCCGAUGAGCCACUGACAUCCACAUCUACGCUCACAGCAGAGCCUAGCGGCGCAAGCGGCGUGCCCGAAGUUGUGGAAGUGAAUCGACGCAAGUCGAUGGUAGCCACGCUGCCGCCACCGGAUGUCGAUAUUACACCUACACCCUUCAGACGCGAUGACAUACGCCGUCAAUCAAUGCCCAUCUAUGUGAAAACAGAGAAAUUGAUUGAUGGCUUUGGACCACGCUCUUCAUUUCGCUCGAAAACCAAACCAAAGACGGUGGUGGCUGGUGGAGAUGUAUUCGAUGAGAAGGAGAUAUUUAUAGAUUUUAAGCCCCAUGUUUCGCUGAAAGCAGCUGCACAAGUCGCGCAAGCUCAAUACCGACCGCUAUACAAGCCGCUGCCACCUCCGCCGACAACAGAGGAAAUAACACAACAAAGAGUAGUGGAAGAAUGCGAAAACUGUCGUGCACUGCAGGAAGCCGAACCGCGCUCCUCGGUCAGUGAAGAUGAUUACGAAGAUGGAGCUGAGCAGGAACGCCAACCCGAUACAGAAGAAGAUAAAACACAUUUGGAGGUAAGCGAUCAGCAUGAUCCGCUCUACGAGAAUGUGCCAAGUGUCUAUAAGCCCAUGAACGUGCCGCGUGUGGCAGCCGAGCGACGAGCCAGCAUGCGCAAACGUUCCGUAAGUUUAGAUGAGCAAAGCGUUGCACAGGAAAAGUGCAUUGACGUGUCGGCCCCGCCCAGUCCUUGCCGCGAGGAAUUGCUAUUUGCGAAUGCAUCCACAUACCCAUCCUCGGACUCGUUGGCGAACGAUGUGACACGCGAUCAUUCGGAUGGUAUUUGGAAUGAGUCACAGGUCACGGUGCUAACUGCCGAACAAAAGGAGGGCUCUGAAGGCUCGUAUACCUCGAAUAUGUUAUUGACGCCAACGUCAAGGCGAAAAAAUCUAUUGCUACAACACCAGCAACGUAGCUCGGUGGACACAGACGCAUUAGAUUUGGAGGACACGCAAGUCGAUUUGAGUCCCACUUAUGGAAUUGCAGUGAGCCCGCUGCCAAACGUGUCCAAACCAGUUAAAAGUGGCACUCCCAUCACGCAGCAGCCACAAGCAAGCCGUGAACUCAAGUCGACCACACUAACCGUGCCACUGAAUAUCACCCCACCUUCUAUUGCGGUCACACCAAGUCUGCCGGUGGCUAAGGAAACGUCACCUAAGAAAUCGCCGGGCACCAGCAAGCGCAUCAUACAGGAGUUACCUACAUUGUCACGCGAUGGACGACGCACUUCUGACGUGCAACUGACGCGUGCCUCCAUAGACGCGACCACAGCCAACAAGUUCAAUAACCACACUGAUGUCUCCGAGUGCAGCACGAAUACGGAUGAAUAUGCCACUUGUACCGACACAUCGAAGCGCACACCAGGUAUUAAGACACCACCAACAACAACAAGCUCAUCAUCAACGACACAAGUACCAGUUUCCACACAAAGUUCACAAAUCGACCGCACCCAAGGCUCAUCCUUCGAGAGCGCCUCCUCGCUCUAUUCAACACGUGGCGAUAUACUUACCGAGGACAUACUGCAACACGACGAAAAACCCACUAAGUCACAUAAGAUCGAGCGCGAAAUGCAACUGAAGUCGCCUGUAUCCACGGCCGAAAUGACUAAGCGUUCACCCUCGCACUCGAUUAGUAGCACAUCCUCGAGCAGCUAUAAUGUGGCUGGGUUGAAAACACCAUCGCCUUCAGCAAAGGAUGCUGAAAAGCGUGUAGACAUUCCUGAGAAGACAGUAUCCAAACCGGCACUACCAGCGAGUGUUAUACAGCCUGCAGCUACCGAGCCAGUAAGUGGACGUGAGAAGCCACGUAUCAAACCCGAGUCCAUAUCGGAUGAUGAACGCAGUGAAGUGCGCUAUUCAUCUUCUGGUUACUACGAGAGUCCACACGAUGAUGAGCAUCUAAUAAAGUCACGUCGUCAUCGACUCGACGAGGAGCGCAAACGUCGUAAAACUACAAUGAAAUUAGACAUCGAAAAGGAGAAUUUGCGCGCGCUCACCAGCCCAAUUAAGAAGCUACCGGCAGCAACAGCGGGUGCACAGGUUGCAUCUAUAGCCGGCGCAAAGGAUAAGCUGCCCGAAAAGCAAACCACCAGCAGCACAACACACGUAAUCGACACAGCAAGUCCGAACCGCAUUAAACGUUUCCGUCCGAAGAUACGUCGGCAGCUGAGACGUAGUUCGCGCGAUGAUAGCACGCCGAAAAGGCAGAAGAACCUAGUCAAUCUAUAUGGCAUACCACCGACAACGGGUAGCACCGAAAAGUUGCUGGACUACAGCGUUAGCCUUAAGAAGGAGGAACGUGAAGAGUUGUCGGUUGCCGAAUGUAAGACGAGUAAGGUCAUCACAUCGCCACAAACAACAACGAAAACCAAAACUUCCUCGGAUGUUUGUCAGUUGAAAGCAAAAUCUAUAGAAUCACUGCGCUCUGUCUCACCAGGCUCAGAUUCGGUGUUCUAUAGUGAGGCUGAUGGACCAACACAAGAACCGCAUAGUCACUGCUUGCAUUGCGGCAAAGGUGGUGAGGGCCAGACUACGCAUAUAAGUGCAUUGGCUGGUGACUCAGUCGAAUCGCUGCCAUAUAUUGAGAACGAGCAUGAACAGGAUAUUGUGAAGCCUCCUUCAGACUUUGCAGACUCACCUGUGACUGCUAAAACUACACAGCGGCUCUACAAGAAAAUGGAUAAACGUUUUCGUUCCGAAGAGCGUUAUCAUGGCGGGGAGCGUGGACGUCACUACAAAACGCGACAGGAGAAUAUACGCGCAAAGAGCGAAGAACGUAGUCGCGAAAGCGUACACACUCGCAGUCCACAAAGCUUACGCCCAGCUGGUUCCAGUCCAUGUGUUCUGCCCGAUGCCGCAGUUGAACAGAGUCAGCAGAUCAUCUAUCGCGGCCACUACGAUCCUGCGCGUUAUUCGCGUCUCACCGAUGCAGAUGUCUGGACACAGUUGAAUCAUCAGAGUUUUGAUCGUCAUCGUGAUCGUCGCCCAUCAACGGAGUCUGAGCGCAGUUUUCACUCAAAGUACCAAGUCAUACUUCAUCGCCUGGUGCAGCGUCGUUGCACUUUGGAAAUGUACCAUCGACAGCGCAAUAACAGUUUUCCUGUUUCUAAAAGAGCUUUCACAAAUCGCAACUUAAUGUCAGGGACAGAAAUAGCGACAAUAACAGCAUCCCAAGCGUCAGGCUGA